AUGCUUACAAAUGAACGAAUCUUAGUGUUACAAGACGGAGAGGAAGCUCAUGUCAAAAGAGUUUCUAGUAGAGGCGGAGACCGUGUGGCAACUAUCACCAACUUGUUUUUCAAGAACAAGCACUUAUCUAAGCAACACGCCACAGUAAGGUACGACAAAAAUGACGGAUACACUAUUGAAGAUACCAACUCCACCUUUGGAACCAUCAUCAAUGACUCCGUAAUCAAACACAACGUGAGACAUCAGUUGAAGAACAAGGAUACUUUGGGAUUUAUCUUAUCCAAACCUUCAUCAAAAAUCAAGGAGGUGUUCAAAGCAUUUGAUUCUGAUUGGGAACACAAAAGUAUUCCCCUUGCUGAAUUUGACCUGCCAAAAGUUAGUAUGCAGUUUGAAGUUGUCAUAAACAACUCGGUGCUCAAAUUGGUUCCGAGUAGCUCAGAAGAGACUGGCCGUGGUAGUGACUUUACAAUCGAAGAUUCAGUAACAAAUAUUUCAACCUUUGACAAUACCGAAUCCGCAGUGAAUGAUGCUGAGUCAGGAGAAAAAAGUGACGAUGAGGAUUGUAACGAAGCACAAGAGAAGAAGAAGAAGACGAAGAAAUUAGCCUCGAUCGUCAUUGACCUUGAUAAGGAGAAUGAAAGUGACAAACUAUUAACCAAGGAUGAAGAUGAGCCUUUGCCAACGUUUCAGGAAUCUUCAUUGAGUGAACCAACUGAGGGCAGCAAGGAAGAAAAUGCCUUGCAGACAAUGGAGAAUCAAAAUGGGUCGUAUCACUGCCAAAACAAAGAUGAUACUUUGAAAAAGGAUAAUUUGAGAGAAGGCAGUAAAGAAUACAUCAGUUUGGUUUCAAAUGAUGACGAUGCCCUCGAAGAAGACGGACCGCCGAGCGAAUCAGAUAUUGUCUAUGAAGGUAGCGAUGUAGAGAGUGAAUAUUCAGAAAAGGACAACCAUGACAAGAGAGAAGGGGUCGCUAACACAGACAAUACAAUGCCAGACGACAAGCAUGUAAUGGUUGAUUCAGCAUUGCGUCACUCGGACAAUUUGGUUUCAAAGAGCCCUUCAUCAAUUGAAGUUUCGGACAAGGAACAUGACCCUUACGAUUUAGCCCAUUUUGUUGAUCAUGAUGAUGUUGAAUGCGACGAGAGUGAUGGCAAUAGCUCUGAUGCUGAUGUAGUUGAUGGAGUUGGAAAGUCAGGUUGUGACUUUGAUGACGCUAUUUCUCAAAGUGAUUCGAACCAUUCGCAUUGGAGCUCAGAUUGGGAGGAGAAUAGCCAAUCAUUGGAUUUUGACUUGCAGGUGAUUGAUCUGGAGGAAGAGUCCAUUUGCGUCUGUUCAGAUCUAGAGGGUUGCUAUUGUGGCAAGAAGCAGUGGUUGAAUUUGGGAAUUUGUGAUAAAGAUAAGGUUGGCCACCUGGACGGACGUUCAAGUACAAGUUUGAAGUAUGCUGAGUGUAAUUGUGACACUUGCGACUAUUUGGAGAAGAGUGGGGUUGAUUUUGUAAAUCUUUGUGUAUGUUCCGAUCCAGAAGAUUGUUAUUGCGACAAGCCACAAUUGGACCCCUUGGUAAUGAAGAAAGCGCGGGAAUAUGCAGAACGUGUUGCUGCAGGAUCUGAAUAUGGUGAUAAGAGCAAAGACAGAGCUGUGGUUGCGAAUGGCUUGUUUACAAAAGCCGAAGUUGCUUCUUCCAGUCGCAAACGGAAUGAAGUGUUGACAAAAGAGGGUUUGCCAAGCAGUAGGAAGAGAUCACACGAUGAAAUGAGCGAAGGAGAAGAAGAAGAUAACCCCGGAAGUGGAUCGAGCAAUGGUAAUGAAGACAAGGUUGCAAUGCCACCUCGCAAGAGAUCAGCCAGUGAAAACUCAAAAUUGAAGGGCAUUGUUAAAGAAGUGGCAAAGGGAUUGUUUUACGUCGGUGCUACAAUCACAGCACUCGGUAUUUACGGUGCAACCUUGGAGGAGGAAUAG